AUGCAAGAGGUUAUACAGUGCAUCAAGGAGGUUAUACAGUGCAUCAAGGAGGUUAUACAGUGCAUCAAGGAGGUUAUACAGUGCAUCAAGGAGGUUAUACAGUGCAUCAAGGAGGUUAUACAGUGCAUCAAGGAGGUUAUACAGUGCAUCAAGGAGGUUAUACAGUGCAUCAAGGAGGUUAUACAGUGCAUCAAGGAGGUUAUACAGUGCAACAAGGAGGUUAUACAGUGCAUCAAGGAGGUUAUACAGUGCAUCAAGGAGGUUAUACAGUGCAUCAAGGAGGUUAUACAGUGCAUCAAGGAGGUUAUACAGUGCAUCAAGGAGGUUAUACAGUGCAUCAAGGAGGUUAUACAGUGCAUCAAGGAGGUUAUACAGUGCAACAAGGAGGUUAUACAGUGCAUCAAGGAGGUUAUACAGUGCAUCAAGGAGGUUAUACAGUGCAUCAAGGAGGUUAUACAGUGCAACAAGGAGGUUAUACAGUGCAUCAAGGAGGUUAUACAGUGCAUCAAGGAGGUUAUACAGUGCAUCAAGGAGGUUAUACAGUGCAUCAAGGAGGUUAUACAGUGCAUCAAGGAGGUUAUACAGUGCAUCAAGGAGGUUAUACAGUGCAUCAAGGAGGUUAUACAGUGCAACAAGGAGGUUAUACAGUGCAUCAAGGAGGUUAUACAGUGCAUCAAGGAGGUUAUACAGUGCAACAAGGAGGUUAUACAGUGCAUCAAGGAGGUGCUAGAUGAUCAGAAGCCAAGGUGCAUAUGGGUGGUGUUGGGUGGUGACACAGGGCGGGGACAGGUCCACUGCUCGGCCGUGCUCACAAGUGCUGAUCCUCUCUCUACGACCCUCCCCUCUGUCCCUCCCACCUUCCCCUCUAUCCCUCCCACCCUCCCCUCUGUCUCUCCCACCCUCCCCUCUGUCCCUCCCACCCUCCCCUCUGUCCCUCCCACCCUUCCCUCUGUCCCUCCCACCCUCCCCUCUGUCCCUCCCACCCUCCCCUCUGUCCUUCGCACCCUCCCCUCUGUCCCUCCCACCCUCCCCUCUGUCCCUCCCACCCUCCCCUCUGUCCCUCCCACCCUCCCCUCUGUCCCUCCCACCCUCCACUCUGUCCCUCCCACCCUCCCCUCUGUCCCUCCCACCCUCCACUCUGUCCCUCCCACCCUCCCCUCUGUCCCUCCCACCUUCGCCUGGCAGCUACGAGUUUGUGUUUGA